GUGCUUCGUAGUGCUUUGCAGAACCCAAUUACAGCUGUUGCACGUUUGUCUCUACCAGUUUUAAGAAAACAUUUGGCCUAUUUAUCCUCAAAAGCAGCUCAGGCUCAGUCAGACUGGAUGGAGAGCAUCAUAAGAAUCGAGCCUUGCCACAAAUUCUCAAUUGGAUUUGCAUCUGGGCUUUGACUGGACCAUUGUAACAUGGUUUUCUCCCAUUUAGCAUGAGGCUGCAAGCUGCUUCUUGCCCUUUCCUGGCCUGUCAGUGUAAGUGAGCUGUCAUACUAUUUCUGUUUUCACAUGACAAAUUGUGCUUUUACAGAUUUUUAGAACAUGGUUAUGUGACUUUGUCCUGCGUUGAACUUCUAGACAACUUUAUCUCUGUCCUCUUUGCUGUGUCUUGGUCUUCAUGAUGCUGUUUGUUUCCUUUCAGACCUCUGAGUGUUAGGAUCUCGGGAUGUUUUGGGUUUUAUUAUUUAUGUGUGUGUGUUUCUGUUUUUUGAUUAGGUCAGUAGUGUUUCUGUUUCACCCUAGUUCAGUUAACUUUUGUUUCCUUAUAUGCCUGGUUAUUAGCAAUACAUUCAUUUUCCUAGUUACCCAGUUUGUGUGCUCUCCCUCACCCCAUGUGUCAUUUUCUCUCUCUUUCUCUCCUCACACUUGCAACCCGUUUCUAAUUAGCUAUCUGUUCCUUGUUCAGUAACCAAAUAUACAACUCAUUCUCAGUCACCCCUUGCUGGCUCCUCAUAUCAAAUCCCAUUGUUUUCCCUCUUAUCUCCCCGUCAUUUCCCCUAAGCUUCCCUGUUGUCUUCGGUUUCUGGAUUCCUGUUUUUUUGCUCUGACUCGGCUCCCUCUUUCCCCCGUGAUUUUUGUACGUUUUGUUCAUCAUUUCCCCGUCUUUCAUCAUCAAUUCCCCGUUUCUGCCGCUCCUGCAUCUGGGUCCUACUUCAAGCAACACGCCAUGACACUGAGGUUUUCACAGGUCAGCUGAAUUUAUCAUAGAUUACAAACUGAUGGACUCUGUAUUAUUUUUUUUUUCUAUCGCCGUAAACGGUGCUAAGAAAAAAAACGCAAAAAUAUUUCCGAUUUUUAGUUGUCUAAACAUUCUUUGUUUUUAUAAGGAAUUAAGUUAACAACAGAAAACACAAAGAAUCUUUUUUUUUUUGGUUAGUGAUUGAGAGGUUGUGGCCAACAGGGUGUUGGGUAGUCACCUCUCCAUGCAUUCUUCAGAGGCCCUGAGACAGGUGAUCCUGCUGCGGGACACUGAGCUCCGUAUACCAUCACGUUUGUGUCAUAACCACAAGUCCCUGUGUGUGUCACGGUCAUAGAUUUAGAAAAGCGGUGUGUGUUGAGGAUGAGGUACAGACUGUCGGUGUCGCUGUGUCCCUCAGCACCUGUUUCUACUGUUUCAAGCGGCUGUAGCCAUGGAUCCAGCCCCCUUCUAACAAUAAACACGAGUGACAUUUAGAUUUCAGGGGAAAACAACCCCACCGUUUGACAACUUGAGCACAUGGUCGUCUGAAACGCUUUAAGGUGCAUCUCAGUAAGUUGCAUCAUAAUCGGCAUCAUCAAAAAGUUGAUUUUUCGUAGUUCAAUUCAUAAAGUUAAUUCAUGUAUCUUUAUAUUACUUCUAAUGACUGUAGUUUACAGCCAAUGAAAACAAAUAAUUCAGCUCUCUCAUAAAGUGAAUUUUAAAAAACAUUAUUUAAUACAAAAGAGUAAUUUGAUGGCGCUCACCAUCAUGGAGAAAGUUGCAGUUGUCCAGCAGACAGUCACUGACACCCUCCACAUGGAGGAUAAGCAACAAACAGCAUUGCUAACGGAGCUGACCAAUCACAAAAUGCUGUAUUAAAAAAGUUUAGUGGGAAGAAAAAGUGUAGUAGAAAAAACCCCCACGAGGAGCAGGGGUGACAAUAGCUUUGAGAAGACCGUCAAACAAGGCUUAUUCAGCUGGACUCGGUCAUUUAUAGAGCCAAACAUCUCGUCACGGGCUACAAACGUAGCAUUCCUCGAGUGAAGCCGUGUCUUAAUCAGAAACAAAGACAGAAGCAUCUAACCUGGGAUAAGGAGAGAAAGAACUGGGCUGCUGCCUACCGGUCCAAAGUCCAAGCUGUGCAGCUCUCCAUCCCGACGCGCCGACUUCAUCUCCACCUCUUCAGUUUCUCCCCACACAGCAGAGUCACCAAAUAGAGACCAGCUUCUCCCACCAGGCUUCAGACAUCUUUUUCUGAACCUCUCUUUGGAGUUGUGUUUUUUUUUUCUUUCUUUCUUUCUCAGAUGCAGUUUCUUGUCAUCACCCUGAUGUGUCUGACUCCUGCGCGCUCCACCCCGCCUGCCGGAGCGGAGGAGCGCUGGACCGGAGGGGCGCACCAGGAGGAGAGCUGAUGUGGCGCGGCAACGACAGAAACAACAGCUAAGAGUAAACUCAAUUACAGCAGCCUUUAUUCACGGAAAUGACUUUAGACGACGCGGAGCAAGUGCACUGCUGUCACGCUCGCUCGUUGCGUUGAACGAAAGCUGUACGCGUUGCUUGACUCGACUGUUUGCGCGCUGCUUUCAAAGUGAUGCCAGGUCGUUUUUGCAGUGUUAUUGGAGUUGAUGCAUGUGUGAUCACCUCUCUGCACCCCGCUGAGCUGACUCUUACACCUGACUCUGAGCAAUGGUCACUGAGGGUCACGUUUCAGCGCGACGCACUAAUCAAUCUAUUGCGCUUUCUGGCUUUUACGACCGUGUCUUGAUUUACAGAUAACUUUUGAAGCUUGACCCGAGCUGCCGAGACCGCAAAAAAAAGCAAACCAGAAGGUAUGGUUUCAGCCUGCACGGCGAGGCUUGUGGGACUUUACAAGUUGUAGUCCACUUUGAGGCAAAGAUCCAGAGCAUGAGCCAGUGAGAGGUGACAGGAGAAACAGUCGUGACAGAAAAAAAAGAAGAAAAAAUGCUCGGAAGUCCAUCCAACAACGGCGGCCUCAGAAUGCUCGCUCCCCCGGCGCCGAACGACGACAGGCGGGUAGAGUUCGUGGCGCUCACCGCCGUCCAGACCGAGCGGAGCGAGCCGUCCACCCCGGAGCGCGGACACCCGUCUCACCGCACGGGGCUCCUGGGCACCCCGCUGCCCGGACCGCCCGGACCCCGAGCCAACGCAUCCGCUUCAAGUAAGCGCUUCAGAAAGUUGCAAAACUACCUUUACAACGUGCUGGAGAGACCGAGAGGAUGGGCAUUCAUCUAUCAUGCGUUCAUUUUCCUGCUGGUGUUCAGCUGCUUGGUGUUGUCCGUGUUUUCGACCAUUCCUGAGUACCAAAAGAUGGCCAACCAAGGCCUCUUCAUCCUGGAGUUUGUGAUGAUCGUGGUGUUUGGCUUGGAGUACUUCAUCAGGAUCUGGGCAGCUGGCUGCUGCUGCAGAUACCGGGGAUGGCAGGGACGCCUGAGAUUUGCCAGGAAGCCCUUCUGUGUCAUAGAUUUCAUCGUGUUUAUCGCAUCGCUGGCGGUGAUCGCCGCGGGGACGCAGGGCAACAUCUUCGCCACGUCAGCCCUGCGCAGCAUGCGCUUCCUGCAGAUCCUGCGCAUGGUUCGCAUGGACCGACGGGGAGGCACCUGGAAACUACUUGGCUCCGUGGUUUAUGCUCACAGCAAGGAGCUGAUUACAGCCUGGUACAUCGGUUUCCUGGUGCUCAUCUUCGCCUCCUUCCUCGUCUACCUGGCUGAGAAAGACAUCAACUCAGAUUUUGGCACCUAUGCAGACUCCCUCUGGUGGGGGACUAUAACUUUAACCACCAUUGGGUACGGAGACAAGACGCCUCGUACGUGGCAGGGACGACUUCUGGCAGCUGGCUUUGCUCUCCUGGGCGUCUCCUUUUUCGCCCUGCCUGCUGGAAUCUUGGGUUCAGGCUUUGCCUUGAAGGUUCAAGAGCAGCACCGGCAGAAGCACUUUGAGAAGAGGAGGAUGCCUGCUGCAAAUCUCAUCCAGGCUGCAUGGCGUCUCUAUUCUACAGAUGCCAAACACUCGUAUCUAACAGCAACAUGGUAUUUCUACGACAGCAUGUUGCCUUCGUUCAGAGAACUGACGCUACUGUUCAGUCACCUCCAGCGACAACGUAACACCAAGAAGGUUCUGCAGAACUCCUACAACACGCUGCUGUCUGGGCUCCGGCCCUACAGCUCCCCCUAUCUGUCGAGGGACAGCAGUAAAAUGGGCUUCCGGGAUCGGAUCCGGAUGAACAACUCCCGUUCAUCCCAAACCAUCAGGAGCAAGGCUUCACCACUGCCACCCGGCUCCGGCGUCCGGCGCUCCCCGAGCCAGGAGAAUGUCCCCGAAGCCACCAGCCCCGGAAAGGUCCAAAAGAGCUGGAGCUUCAAUGACCGCACGCGCUUCCGCACCUCCCUACGCCUAAAGCCGCGCCCACCUGUUGAUGUGGAGGGGGUUGGAGAGGAAAGCGUGGAAGACAAGUCGUAUUGCGAUGUGGCCAUGGAGGAGGUGAUUCCAGCUGUGAAGACGCUUAUACGAGCUGUAAGGAUUCUGAAGUUUCUAGUGGCGAAGAGGAAGUUCAAGGAGAUGCUGCGUCCAUAUGACGUGAAGGACGUCAUAGAGCAGUACUCUGCAGGACACCUGGACAUGCUGGGCCGCAUCAAGAGCUUGCAGAUGAGGGUGGAUCAGAUAAUUGGGCGGGGAGGUGUUCAGUCUGAUAAAAAAGUGCGACCCGAAAAAGGAGAGAAGACGCCUCCAGAACUGGACCCACUGGACGAGCUCAGCAUGAUGGGCCGUGUGGUCAAAGUGGAGAAACAGGUACAGUCUAUAGAAAACAAGUUGGACCUCAUGCUCAACUUCUACUCCCAGUGCUUGAAGAAAGGCUCCUCUCACGUCACGCUGUCCUCCCUCCUGGACCCCGACCUGACGUCUGACUACCACAGCCCCACGGACCAAAGAGACCUUUUCCCAUCCGCUAACACACUGAACAUCUCCCAGUCUGACAGCGGGAACUUGGAAUGACAAUGGGACACAGACCCUAACCCUAAACAGUAUGUCCUCCUUAGGCUGAGUCCUCUCAUACCAAACUUCCCCUUUAAUUCAGAUCCAUUAUGAUUGCCCGUCCCAUCUCAAGCCUCCGUCCUCAGCCCUUUAUCCUGGAAUGAAUGUUUCUGGAGCUGGUCAGACAUUGGCCACUAGGUGGCUCCAGCUGACGAGGAGCCUCAGCCAAAGCUGCUCACCGCACACGCCUCUCAACUCACUGGAUGAGGAAAGUACUUGACUACUGAAGCAGUCUCACCCACUCACGUCAUGCUGUAUAUCUAAACCUACUUUAAAACAUUAAUUGUAGACAGACUGUGGAAGGAAGUUUUGCAGAUAUCUGGAGGAAUCGUCUCUUUCCUCUUUUAUUGUCCGGUUUUAUUUUCCCUUGGGCGCUUCAGUCGACUGAAAGUUCCUUUCCGACAUUAGGGUGACGACACAGUUUUUCAUGCUGUGAUGAAUGUAGCUGUUCCUUUGUUCAAGAGAAACUGCAAUGCAAGAACAAGAGCCAUCGACACCUGAAGGAAAAACACAGUUUGACCUGGAUCAGCUGCACCGGCACAUGGUCCCACCCAGCGAGGGAAGUUCUGUUUUCCAGAUCCGACGUUAAUCACCCAAACGUUUCACAUGAGAACAGAGUGAAAAUAAUGAGCUGGAUUGACUGUGGAUUUGGACUGUACCUUAGUGUAAAUUGUUGUUUGUUUUUACCUGUAUUUCCUCUUUAGGAAGUCUGGUCUCCGACAAGCCCAACAGCAAAAACAAAAAGGAAAAAAAAAGACACACAUAUUGUUUCCAGCUCAGCUGGCAUUGUAUUGAGGAUUAAGUAGGAUUUAAUAGAGCCGUGGUGGUCCGUUGUAAUUCUCAAAUCUCUUUUGCAAUUUUUCCAGACUACUGUGCGAACUACGACCGUUUUAGUGACGUACAUUUUUACUUUUAAAACAAAACCUCCAGAAGUCUCUGUCUUGCAGCCCAAAAUCCUGCCAUAUUUAUUCGUCAGGUUUGCUUUUAAAAGGAUAGUCCAGAAUUGAGGAGAAGUUUUGUGAAAACAUAAUGAAAGGUUCAUAUAUCUGUCGGAUCCCGGUUCUCUUGGUGUCUUUGUUUUGUUUAAAUCCAGAUCUUUGGACCCAGGGGAUAAAUGUCUAAUUUAGUGAAUUUAUAUACUAAAUGGCAAAAUUGAUAUCUGUUGUAUAUUUAAGGACAACAAAAUAAUUUGCUUUCUUAGAUAAUGUUAAAUAAUUUCUGGCUUAUUAUUUUAAUUUUAGUCCAAACAACUAUAAAGACUACAAACAUAAUCAUAUUUUUCAAUAAAUUCAGGGUUGAACAUCGCCAACAACCAACAUUUAAAGUCAUGACUAAUCAUACAUGUAUUUAAAGCUUCUUUGGUUUAAAUUUGUUAAAUUAAAUAAUCGACUUUAAUUAAACUUUUGAUGUCAGUUUUAUUUAUUGGAAAUCAUGACAGGCUCUGCCUGGCAUUCAUCUAAAGUUUUCAAGCAAAACAAGCUGGCAAUGUCACAUUCUUGUCAGGUGAAGACUCCAGCAACACUUGAACUACUAGGAAACAACUUUAUUUGGAAGCCAACACAUUUCAGCUUGUGGCCUUCAUCAGGGUCACGUUCCUUCCAUGUUUUGGAAUUUUUUUCCAAGAGUUAUUUUUGACUGGAUCUAAAGACCAGCAAAGAUACUUUGAAGUGACUUGAAGAAAAACUCUCUUUGAGUCAGAAGUCACAAAUCUAGCGAGGCGUUUGUGUGCUGCAACUCCAAACUGCUCUGAUGUGUUAAAAGUUGGAGCCUUUAAAAUGCUAGAAGACAAUUUUAGUUUCAACCCCCUUUCAAAAUAGCAUUAGCUUCAGUCUCUGGGUCCUGCAAGUGAGUAUUUACCCUAAACGAAGACGGCAAGAGAAUGAGUUAUCUCCUUUAAGUAAGAUAUUAACUCAUUGUUAAUUGCUACAGAACUUCAAUUAAAAUAAUUCUGACAGAUUAGAUCCUCAAUAUGAAUUUAGACGGACUAUGCUGAAAGCAGUUUUCUGCACUGCUUUUCAUCACUCACAUCUGACCUCAAGUCAGGUAACACCUCACAACCUCUGUGUCACAAGGGCAGUUUUUACUCUUGUUCCUGUAUCAGAUGUCACAUACACUUAAAGACAGCACAAGCACAGUUUUGAACAAUGAAUGAUGCUCAAGAAAUCCAGGUCUAUUGCAUGAAUUUCAGAUUAUCAUUAGUGCACGUUCCAUUAAAACGCUUCAGAAUAAAAGGGUGUGCAGUUGAUCAUUAAAAUGUUACAUGCAGACAAACACGAACAACAAAAGCAAUUCCAUUACUGGCACUUCAUAAACGGAACGCCAUUUUGUUGUUUAAUUUAGCCUCUGGCUAUUCCCAUAUGUUUAAUUUUACAAAACAUGUUAAAAAAAAUAUGUAAUUUUUUUUUCUUUUUUUAAGUUUUGUGGUUGCUGACGUAAAUUUAAGAUUUGUGUUAUUUUUUUUUUACAUAAAUGCAGCAAUUUUGACAGAACUGUACGACCCCACAGCUGAUCUGGCCCACAGACUUGUUGAUCUUGAACAUAGAUGUCAUGUUUAGUGUAUGCUCAUAUUUCCUUUCUGCAACAGCUAAAAAAAAAAAAAAUCCCUUAAUUAUUUUUUGAGAAAUUCUUCCAUCCCCAGUCACGUCCAGCUGACUCAGGUGCUCCACUUUUCCAUUUAAGUGCGACUUUUAAACAGUGAAUGUACUUCAUUGCUCGGCCUGUUCAGAUCUAUCUCUGCUCCAAUGGUUCUUGACGCUAGAAGUCGCUUUAGGCACCAUCCAAGUUUUCUGGUUAUUUCCAUGGAAAAUACUUGGAUAGUUUUAUUUCUAGGGAUUGAAUUACUGCAGAGAUCCCUGUUUAUUAGAGGCAAUGUUACCAUGAAUGACGCUGUUAUUCAUGAUAAUUAAUGGGAGAUCACUUUGUUGCAUGUUGUUCCUAAUGUGGCCCGCGUAUUAGUAAAAAAAAACACACACACAAAUGUGUUCCAGGAAGAAGAUAAAAGCAAAUAACCUGUGCCUUGUUUCUCCUUAUUCCGUGAAAGGUGUGGUGCGCCUUUCUAUCUCCUACUUAAAACAAUAAAAAAUAAAAAAAUUAAAAAAAAAAAACGCUUGGAAGAAGUUUAUUUCAUAGAAAUUACACAAAAGAAUGCUUUUUUACUUUUUUUGCGUAACAUUUAACGAAAGAAAAACUUAGUUGUAAAAAUGUAAUCUUUUACAACUACUGCAAUUUUCUGAGAAUAUUACUGUAUCGUCGGCAUAUCAUCGUACCUCCAUAGAAACCCAUACAGUAUCUUAACACCCUUUAGAUGUGGAAGCUGGAGGCAUGGACAUUUUGUGUCAACACAGGAAUCUCUGCAGGCAUGUGUGCUGUCACAAGCAUGUCACUUUAGAUAAGAUUGGCUUCCACACAACUACCUCUGAGGCCGCUACGGGGCGCUAGUUUAGAAACCUGAUUAGGAGAAACACUUAGUGACUGUCCAACUGACUGAAUGCUAUGCAUGAACCAAUCUGCACGUUCUCUUAUCUGUUAGUGACGUCCUACCAUCCGUCCAUCUUUUCACUGACUUGCUGCCAUUUGACAUUCCACCUCAUUACUCUUUUAGCUGCUUUCCUACUGUAGGUUUUGGAGCUGCUUUUAGAAUAAAGCACGAACUGAACGAGCAAUAAGCAAAACGCUAACUCAACACGAAGUCUUCCAAGUCCAAAUGGUGGGGCAGUUGACUGAAUAAAAUGCAGCGUUGGUUUGUUUUCUAAUCUAACCUAUAUUUGAUCUUUUAAAGAGGUACAAAAAAUGUGUUUCUGCUGAGAAGAAAUUUUUAGAAAACUAACUUAUUAAUUUAUUUGUUUCAAUAAAGCUCUUUGGACUGUU